UCCUCUAAUCUCCUUACUCUCUAUCUCUCUCAGACUGAGACAGAGAGGGAGUAUGGCCAGCACGGUGAGCUUCCUGAGACUCCCAAGUCUUGCCCAGAAGCCUUGGAAGAGCAGUGUCCCGCCUCUCCCCAACCCCUCCAUUAAACUCAAGCUCGGCUUCUCCGAUGACUCCGGCGACCCGCUCUCCUCCGCCUUGGACUACCUCCGCUCGGCUUCUCUGCCUUUGACCACCGUCGCAUUGCCCUUCUUCCUAGACGCCAAGGAUGCGAUUGCGGCGGGAGGAGAGUUCGGGAUACUGGAGGGGAGGACGUUGGCGCUGAUUCACCCCAUCGUGAUGAGCGGGCUGUUCGUGAACACGCUGUGGGCCGGCUACUUGGGGUGGCAAUGGCGACGGGUGCGCACCGUCCAGGACGAGAUCAACGAGCUGAAGAAGCAAGUCAAGCCCGCCCCUGUCAGCGUCGCCUCCGACGGCUCUUCUUCUCCACCCCAAGAAGCCCCACGUCCCUCCCCUGUCCAACUCAAAAUUCAACAGCUCACUGAGGAGCGGAAGGAGUUGAUAAAGGGAGGGUACAGAGACCGGCAUUUCAAUGCCGGGAGCAUACUCUUGGCCUUCGGGGUGUUCGAGUCAGUAGGAGGCGGCAUCAACACCUGGUUCCGUACCGGCAAGCUCUUCCCCGGCCCCCAUCUCUUCGCCGGUGCUGCAAUCACCGUGCUUUGGGCAGCGGCCGCAGCUCUAGUCCCGGCGAUGCAGAAAGGCAGCGAAACGGCGCGCAAUCUCCACAUUGCGUUGAACUUCUUGAAUGUCGUCCUCUUCGUUUGGCAGAUCCCCACCGGUAUCGAUAUUGUGUUCAAAGUCUUCGAAUUCACUAAAUGGCCUUGACUCUGCUCUUCCCUUUCAUCCUUCCUAAGAACCAUUUGUUAUACAAAGCAUCUGGCAUCUGAUACCCUUUUGGGACUUCUAGCCCAUUCAUGUUUUUCUCUUAUCAUACUCUUACAUUUAAGAAAAAUCAAUGGAGGAAUAUUACUUCUCUGGCGUGCUCACUGUAUUUCUACCAAUUUCACGUACCCUACUUGUAUAAUGUACAGUCUUCACUUGUAUUUUUAUUUUCGAGAAUUGGCAAUAGUUCACUGAUCGUUCUUGUUCU